CACUGUUAAUACAAUGCAUUUUUUUUCAGUUAGUGCUAUUCAGCACGUCUUUUUGCUUCAAACACAUUUGUCUCUAUUUUACUUCCAUAAUUGUGAAUCUUGUUGUGUUGAAGUCCUCCUGAGCACAUGUUCACGAUCAGAACUCAAAGUUCUUAAGCUCUCCACAUCUAUCAUUCACAUCCAUCAAUGUUCUCUUGUCAUGUUUGUGUUUCUCCCACAGCAGAACAUCACUAUUCGACCCGAGACGUGACGGAGACAGAAGCUCGUGAGGUGUGACGCUGGUUUAUGUUGAGCUGAUGUUGUUUCUUCUUGAGUUAAAUCUCACAGAUUUCAGCUCCUGACGUCACGUGAAAACUCUUCAGGCCUGAUAUGAAACAGAUCUUUGUGUUCUUGCAGGGAAUCUGUGUGGAGUUUCGGGGUCAUUUAAGGAGACGAGGUAUUGAAGCUGAUGAAAAGUGUCAAAUGUGAACAUGUGGAGUGAAGCUGGGUGAGAUUCAGACUGACAGCUGUUUUCCCUCAGGUCUGUAAGAAUGUGCUGUGGAUUUCACACUGCAUGGUUUCAUCUGAAUGAAAAGAGGGUUUUAGUCUGUCAUACAGAACUGUACACACACACACACACACACACACACACACACGACUACUGCCGGUCUGAUCACUGAGACACAUGUCAUGUGUUAGUGGAACAGAAGCUCAGAUGUUCUCUUUCAGGUCCUCUCUGGGAUGCUGGACUGGACGAUAAUGAGGUCAGUGGAAACACCACCCAACUUCAGUGGGUGGAGUCACAGUGAGACAUAAAUGAGAACUCUGGAUCAGAUCUCUGUCUCUCUCUCUUUUUCUGUUGUGAAAAGACUUGUUUUUAUAGAAACUUUCUCUUCCUUCCAAACUCGGUCUGUCUGUCUGUCUUUCAUAGUCUCUCUGUGUGCUGUGUUUCCUUUCCUUUACUUCCUUGAAACUCGCCGCCUGUCUCUCUCUCAAGAGAGACUCUCGCUCGGGCGAGCGAGCAGAAGUGAUUGCAGCAGAAGUUGGAUGGGUCCAGACGAGCUGAUCAGAGAUCAGAGCUGAUGAUGUUUCUUCAAUUGUCUCUUCAGUUUCUCCUUUUGCUGGACUUGAUGGACGUCUCCUCUGGAUCUCCGGCUGAGAAUGAGGAUUCCUACAUGCAGGAACUUUAUCAUCGGAUCUCAACACAAGAGGAGAUUUUUCCCACUGACGGACGGGUUAGAAAGAACACCAAAACCAAAGUAUUUACAUCCAAACAAUCAGCUGGAUCUGAUUCAACAUCAGUGACGGCUGUGAGUAAAAAGAAAGAGAAAAGUGAAAGAGACAGCGUGAGUGAUGUGAGCGACGAUUGUCCUCCGUUGGGUCUGGAGAGUCUGAAGGUUGAUGAUUUUCAGCUUCACUCCUCCACCAUGAGACACUACGGCUUGGGACCUCACAGAGGACGGCUGAACAUUCAGGGUGGUCUUCAGGAGGAUGAUCUGUAUGAUGGUGGUUGGUGUGCGGGUCGUGUGGAUCCUCUGCAGUGGUUGGAGGUUGAUGCUCGCAGACUCACCAGAUUUACAGGAGUCAUCACUCAGGGACGAAGCUCUCUGUGGUCGAGUGAUUGGGUCAGCUCUUAUAAAGUUCUCCUCAGUAAUGAUUCUCACAGCUGGGUGACCCUCAAGAACGGCUCACGGGAUCUGAUUUUUACGGGGAAUCGAGAGAAGGAGAUUACCGUCCUCAACAGAUUUCCCAAACCCGUGGUGGCCCGAUACAUCCGCGUGAACCCGCGCUCCUGGUACCCCGGCGGAAGCAUCUGUAUGCGUCUAGAGUUCCUGGGCUGCCCGUUGCCAGAUCCAAAUAAUUAUUACAGAAGACGAAAUGAAAUCACCACCACAGACAAUCUGGACUUCAGACAUCACAGUUAUAAAGAGAUGAGACAGCUCAUGAAGGUGGUGAAUGAAAUGUGUCCGAACAUCACACGCAUCUAUAACAUAGGCAGAAGCUUCAACGGACUGAAACUUUACGCCAUUGAGAUCUCUGAUAACCCGGGCGAGCACGAGCUGGGUGAACCCGAGUUUCGUUACACGGCUGGUUCCCACGGUAACGAGGUUCUGGGCCGAGAGCUGCUGCUGCUGCUGAUGCAGUUCAUGUGUCAGGAGUAUCUGUCCGGUAACCCACGGAUACGACACCUGGUACAUGAGACUCGCAUCCACCUGCUGCCGUCUGUCAACCCCGAUGGCCACGAGAAAGCAUCUGAGGCGGGAUCCGAGUUGAGCGGCUGGUCUCUGGGUCGCUGGAGUCAGGACGGUUUGGACAUUCAUCAUAACUUUCCUGAUCUCAACUCUGUUCUCUGGGAAGCUGAAAGUCGUAAAUGGGUCCCGCGUAAAUUUCAUAACCACCACGUGCCCAUUCCAGACUGGUACCAGUCUAAAAACGCCACAGUGGCAGUAGAGACUCGUGCUCUGGUGUCGUGGAUGGAGAAGAUUCCGUUUGUAUUGGGGGGAAACCUGCAGGGUGGCGAGCUCGUGGUGACGUUCCCGUACGACCGCACACGCUCAGUGUCUGUGUUACGCGAGCAGACGGCCACACCUGAUGAUCAUGUGUUCCACUGGCUGGCGUUCUCAUACGCCUCCACUCACAGACUCAUGACCGAUGUCAGCCGCAGGGUCUGUCACACCGAUGACUUCGCCAAAGAGGACGGAACCAUCAACGGAGCGUCCUGGCACACGGCCGCAGGCAGUAUGAAUGAUUUCAGUUACCUGCACACAAACUGUUUUGAGCUCUCCAUGUAUGUGGGAUGUGACAAAUACCCACACCAGUCUGAAUUACCAGAGGAGUGGGAGAAUAACCGGGAAUCACUGCUUGUCUUCAUGGAACAGGUGCAUCGUGGGAUUAAAGGUUUUGUCAGAGAUGUUCAGGGUAAAGGAAUAGCUAAUGCUGUCAUCUCCGUGGAGGGAAUCAAUCACGACAUUCGCACAGCAUCUGAUGGAGAUUUCUGGCGUUUGUUGAAUCCUGGAGAAUACACGGUGAGGGUUCGAGCCCAGGGCUUCAGCUCCGGCAGUAAAGUGUGUGAGGUGGGAUACAAGAUCGGUGCCAGCAGGUGUGAUUUUGUGCUCAGCCGCUCCAAUCUGUCACGCAUCAAAGAAAUCAUGCAGAAAUUCAACAAACAACCAAUCAGCAUGCGGCUGUCACGACCAAUCAACACAUGAUAGAGAGAGAGAGAGAGAGAGAAUAACGACUAAAGGUGAGAUCACCUGUCUGAAGUACAUAUGCAGUUUUUAUAGACAGUUUACAGAAAAAAGUCAUGAAAAAUGAAGCAUGUUAAUUAAAUGUAUAAAACAUUAAACUUGUGGUGAUUUUGUCGCAGUAACUUCAUGUUUGAGUCUUGAAUUCUAAACCAAUUCUCCCAUACAGUAUCUUACAAUGCAGUUCUGUUCACUGUCCCUGCGGUCAUUGAUCUUCAUUCUGUUCAUAAAAAAGUCUUAAAUACAGUUACUGACCGUUAUUACAUGUAUUCAGAAAAACCCUAACCCUAAACUCAUUAAGUCUGUGUGUGUCUGUGUGAAUAAAACCAUCAUCUGCACAAUCGUCUGGUUUUAACGUUUGAAGAGUUUUCUUGUGUUCCCUGUCAGAGUCUCAAUCAGACGGUCAGA